AUGGCAAUUGCACGCACCGGAGUCUACGUCGACGACUAUUUGGAGUACGCCAACACGUUGCCCGCUGAGCUUCAGAGACUGCUUAACACCGUUAGGGAACUCGAUGAACGAUCCCAAUCUAUGAUAAACCAGACUAGGCAGCAGACAAAGUACUGUAUGGGGUUCUCUUCUCAUGGCUCUAAGAAGGGUAAUCAUAAUUAUAGUUAUAAUAAUAAUUACGCCAAUGGCGACGAUGAUGCUUCUAUUGAGAAACUGCUAAAAGAAAUUGAGGCAAACCAGGAUAGUGCAUUGAGUCUAUGCACUGAGAAGGUUUUGUUAGCACAGCAAGCAUAUGAACUGAUAGAUAGCCAUGUAAAACGACUUGAUGAGGAUUUAAACAACUUCGCUGAAGAUUUAAAGCAAGAGGGGAAAAUACCGCCAGAUGAGCCAGCCAUUCUCCCCCCACUGCCUAUUGUCCCUAAACCUGAAAAGCGCAGGCACGUAUAUGGUACACCUCAAUCAAAGAGACUUGAUUACAGGGAAAGAGACUGGGAUAGAGACAUUGAGCUAAUGCCUCCACCAGGAGGCCAUAAGAAGGAUUAUGCGACCCCUAUGGAUGUUGAUCAACCCAUUGAUCCAAAUGAACCUACAUACUGUGUUUGUCAUCAGGUAUCUUUUGGAGACAUGAUUGCUUGUGACAAUGAAAAUUGCCGAGGAGGUGAGUGGUUCCACUAUUCAUGUGUUGGCCUUACUCAAGAAACAAGGUUCAAGGGAAAGUGGUAUUGUCCAACUUGCAGAUUACAACCACACUGUUAA